GAAUCGUUGCUCGGCUUCAAGAUGGCGGCCCUAGCAACAGCUGUGGCAGCGGCGGCGUCCGGCCACCAACAGAGUGAUAGCUGCUUCAGCACUCCAGGUGCUCAUCAACACUUUCCGUUUCAGAACUGGAAGAUAAAAGCUGAACAAGUUAAGAAAGUUGAAUUCAUAAGAACAGCAGAGAAACUGAAAAAUCAACUUGCAACUAUAGAAAAAGACAAAAAUGGCCAUCUCUACAGUAAGAAGAGUGAUUUCAGGAUGGAAUACAGCACGCUGGAAGAACUGGAACGCAAAAUGACCAACGGCAGAAAAGCUGAAAGAGCUAAAAUUGAGCAACAACUAUCAAAAAUACAUCAUAACGUUAAGAGACUUCAGUGCCAGUUAAAAGAUGUAAAGCCUACUCCAGAAUUUGUUGAAAAGCUCCGAGAAAUGAUGGAAGAAGUUGAAAAUGCAAUAAAUGCUUUUAAGGAAGAGCAGAGACAAAUAUAUGAAGAACUUCUGAAGGAGGAGAAGAUUGCUACUAACGAGCUCAGUGCAUUAGAGAAAAAAAUUGAGAUGUGGGCACUGGGUAGCACAGCAGCAGAAAGAGUUUUCCAAAUGCCAUCAGGUAAGAUUUCAAUGGAUAAAACGCUACAAAAUCAUCUGCCUGAAGAAGUAGUAGAAUUUGAAAAAUUUCUUCAGCAGUCAGGAGGACGACAAGGAGGCUGGGAUGAUUAUGAUCAUCAACUCUUUUUGCAAAUAUGGACAAAACAUAAAGGAAAGGCAUCCUACAUAGAUGAAGUUCUUGAGUGUCUCACUGGAAGAACAAAAGAAGAUAUUCUACAGCAUGAGGAAUGGUAUCGAGAAUUCCAGAUAUUACAGGAAAGAAAAAAAGAGUCUAUCCAAAAGUGGAAAAAGAAGAAGCAACAACAAAAAGAUGAAAUCUUAAAGCACAAGGAGAAGUCAGAGGAAAUUCUAAGGACAGCACAUCUUCAACAUGAUGAAGUUCAGAAACAGAAAGCAGAGGAGGAAAGAAAAAUGCGACAAGCAGCAGUUGAAGCAUGGAAACAACAUAAAGCAAUUGAAUUUGCAAUGAAGCAAGCAUCUAAAUUGAAAGAAGAAAUAGAGAAGCAGAAGAAACAGGAAAAAGAGCGCCAGCGCCAGUUCCAGUUGAAGCUAGUGUUAGAAGAAUACACAUUACAGAAGAAGGAAAAGGAGGAGCUCCAGAAGCUUGAAAAGGAGAAGAGAGAGGAGGCAGAAAGGGAAGAGAGGAAGAGAAUUGCUGCAGAAGAAAUUUCUAAGUUUCAAGAGCGAGAUCUGCAUAAACUUGAGCUCAAGAUGCUAGAAAAGCAAGUUAAAGAAGAGGAAAAACUAGAAAAAGAAAAAACAUUAGCAAAAUUAAGAGAGAAGGUUGAAGUUCACGUAACCAGAGACCCAUCCAGAUUGUACAAACCUACAAAGGGUUGGGAGGAACGUACAAAAGAGAUUGGUCCCACUGGUGCAGAGCCACUCUUACACAUUCCACAUAGAGCUAUUCCAACCUGGAGACAAGGUUUAUAGCUGAAUAUUUGUGUAUAACGUAUACAGGAAGAUGGUUUACAUGUCAUCAUAAUGGCCAACCAUGUGUUCAAAAGUUUUCAUAAAGGAAGAAAGAAGAGUAAGAGUAUUGUUACAUGAGUUUUGAGUUUGACUGCUUAAUAUUUUGUCAUGUUAGCAAUGGUGUGUGUGAUACCAUACAUUAUGGUAUGUAUUUUCAGUUUGAUAGAAGUACCAAGUGUCAUGGCAUUUGUAAUUUCAUAAAUAGGAACAUUAAAUUAUCCAACUUGUAUUAAAAAGUGUUGGUAGAUGACUUUAUAGACUAUCAGUUGGUAUAGCAAACUUGCUUUUUUCACAUGUUGUUGUGUACCACAGACCAGGAGCUGGCAAUGGUUCACAGUGAGGAGAGAUUAUCCAGGUCAGUCUAAGGCAUGCCAGCCCUUCUGACUUGGCUGCCACACUGGUGAAGCCCUGGGUCCCCUCUUCUCCCACCACCCCCUGUUUUUG